CUGAGGCAGAAGGUGUGGUGUAGGGCACUUUCUUACAGCAAGAAAAAGACUAAGGAAUGGCCACUUCUAAGAGUCCCUGGUCUGAUGACAACUUUUUAUGUUCCAUCUGUCUUGAUGUUUUCAACAGCCCCGUCUCCACACCAUGUGGACACAACUUCUGCAAAACCUGUAUUACACCAUUCUGGGAUGGACAAAACCAGUACAAAUGUCCUGUUUGCAUCAAGAUUUUCCCCACAAGACCUGAUUUACAGGUCAAUACCUUCAUAUCAGAGAUGGUUAAUCAGUUCAGAACCUCUCUACGAGUGAAAGAGCAGCCUUGUGUUGAACCAGGAGAAGUUCCCUGUGACGUCUGUACUGGGACCCAGCUGAAGGCUGUGAAGUCCUGCCUAGUGUGUUUUACCUCUUACUGUCACACCCACCUGGAGCCCCAUCAGAGAGUCGCAGGCCUAAAGAUACAUCCGUUAGUAAACCCUAUGGACCGUCUGGAAGACAGGAUGUGUACGAAACACCACAAACUUCUGGAGCUCUUCUGCCAGACUGAACAGGUGUGUGUGUGUAUGUUGUGCACAGUGAUGGACCACAAGUCCCAUCCUGUUGUACCUCUAAAGGAGGAAUAUGAAGUGAAGAUGGCCCAGCUGGAAAAUAUAGAGUCUGAAGUUCAGAGGAUGAUCCAGGAGGGACAACAAAAGAUACAGAAGAUCAAAGACAAAGUACAACUCGGCAAAGCAGAGGCAGACAGAGUGCUGGCAAAGGGUGUGCAGGUCCUCACUGUUCUGAUGCGCUGCAUUGAAAAGUGCUGGGAGGAUCUCUACCAAACUGUUAAAGAGAAACUGAAAUCCACAGAGAAACACGCUGGAGGCCUCAUCAAAGAGCUGGAGCAGGAAAUAGAAGAUCUGACCAAUAAAAGCUCAGAGGUGAAGCAGCUCUUAGACACUGAAGACCAUCUCCUCUGCCUCAAGACCUUCAGAAUCCCGAAGAAUCCUCCACCAACCAGGGACAGGAGGACAGUGGAGGUCUGUCCUCCGUCAUACGUAGGAACCUUGAGGAGAUCCCUGGAUCACCUGGAGGAAACACUGAACAUGGAGAUGGAGAAGGCUCUGUCCAAUCCUGUCUUGUUCUCCCAUUCAGAUGCCUGUGAGCUCACACUGGACCCAAACACAGCCUACAGACGACUCAUUCUUUCUGAGGACAACAGAAAGGUGACAUGGGUUAGAGAGCAGUCGUAUCCUGAUCACCCAGAGAGAUUUGACUCCUGUCCCCAGGUGUUGUGUAGAGAGGGUCUGACUGGCCGCUGUUACUGGGAGGUAGAGAGGGAGGGUUGUGUUUAUAUAGCAGUGACAUACGGAGGAAUCACAAGGAGAGGAAGAAGUGAUGUAAGCAGGCUUGGAGGGAACAACAAGUCCUGGAGUCUUUAUUGUGAUAAUGAUGGUUACUAUGCCUGGUACAACGGUAUUAAAACAGACAUACCUCUCCCCUCCGCUGGCUCUCACAGAGUAGGAGUGUAUCUGGACCGGCCUGCUGGCACUCUGUCCUUCUACAGAGUGUCCCCAGAUGUAGGAGAGUCCUCAGACACACUGAAACACAUCCACACCUUCCAGUCUACCUUUACCCAGGAGGCCCUCCUCCCUGGGUUUGGGAUUGGAUGGCCUGGUUCCUCAGUGUCUCUGUGUAGGUUUUAG